AAUUAAUUAGAAGUGAGCUGUACAUUCUUAAUUCCGUCCUAAGCAAAAAGGAAAAAAGCUUAACCCACGCUGAGGAGGAACCAUUGCAUGUGACGAUCUCACAUGCGUGUGUGAACGCUAACCGCCAAAUCAGCACCUUACACGUGGCAAUUGCAGGGGAGGUUUCUCUAUAUAUAUCAAGUAUAGGGAGGAUGAGUUUCUCUCACAGAAGCAGAAGCAGAAUUGUCUAAGAGAGUUGUUGAAGUUUCUGAUAAUUGUUCCCAUUAGGCUAAUUGAAAGGUUUUUAUCUGAAGAAAAAACAAGUGAAAAUGGCUGAUGAGAGUACUGCAACUUGCAUAGAUAUCCUCUUGGCCAUCAUCUUGCCUCCUCUUGGUGUCUUCCUUAAGUAUGGCUGCAAGGUUGAGUUUUGGAUCUGUUUGGUCCUUACCCUUUUCGGGUACCUUCCCGGGAUUAUAUAUGCAGUCUAUGCCAUCACCAAGUGAUGAUCUUCAUCUUCAGUGGAAAGCUCUAAUCAUGUUUUUUGUUGAAGACGUCUGUUUUGAUGUAGUCAGAUGGAUCAUUCUUGUGUUUGUGUCCUCUUUUUUUCAAGAAUUUUCUUUUUAUUUGAUCUAUUAAUUUGCUGUAAGAAGGUUAUUGCCAUUGGAUUUGGGUCGUUUCUUGAGUAGGACAAUGGCUUGUCAACUAUCAGUUGCUGUUAGUGUCUCUUCAAAUUUGUUUUAAAUGUGAUUGUAUUAUUAUUAUUAUUGUCA